CGUUUCCAGCACAGGCAUGUGUCUGGGUAUGUCCUCCUCUGUCUGCGUUUACUGAGCUUUUCAGGGGAUACCUGCGGAGCCAGCAGGCAGACUGAGAUGGCUCAAACCGGGCCGGAAACGUGUGAAUCGCGGCUGGAUGGAGCUGCAGAGCUCCUGGAGCUGCUUCACAUCGACGUGGAGAUUGACGCUGUGCACCCCAAGCCCGGGAGAGAAGAUUUGCCCUGUUCUAGGAACGUGCUGAGGAAGCAGCGACACUGGGAGAAGCAGCUGGCUGCAAAGAAGAGCAGGAGGAAGGAAGAGAAGCUGAGGAGGAAGAUGAAUCGUGAGCUGGAGUCCGGCGCUAGCACAGACCGUCCUCAGCUUACCAAACGGGUCAUGAAGGCGAUCACUAAAGAGCGUUUAGCUGAGGCUCGGUCGACAGGCCUCAAAGUCUGUGUCGACCUCAGUAUGACGGACUGCAUGUCUGACAAGGAGAUUAGCCGACUGGCCGGCCAGUUGAGACGACUUUACGGGUCAAACAAGAAGGCGACUCGACCGUUUCACCUGUUUCUGACAGACCUGAGAGAGGACAGUCGUCUCUACAGAGAGUGCGUGCGAAUGAAUGACGGCUUCCUCAACUACACGAUGGAUAUAACAGAGGAAAGCUGUCUGGACCUGUUUCCUCCAGAAACUGUUGUCUACCUCACUCCAGAUGCUGAAGAAGCUUUGGAAACAGUGGAUGCUGACAAAGUUUAUGUCCUUGGUGGUCUUGUGGAUGAAAGCAUCCAGAAGAAGUUGAGUCUCUCCAGAGCCCGAGAACUGAGCGUCCAAACAGCGAGGCUGCCCAUAGAUGAGUACAUGGUGAAAAAGAACAACACAAAGAAUUUCCACUCAAAGAUCCUGGCUGUUAAUCAAGUUUUUGACAUCUUGUUGACUUUCUGCGACAGCAGCAGCUGGACAGAAGCUCUGCAGACGUGGUUUCCUCCAGGGAAGGGUUAUGUGGUUGCAGCAGGUGAUUCACCACCUCAACCUGCAACAUAGAAUCAUCACAAAGAACAGUGACAUUAUUUAACAUCAUCUUAACUACUGAAGCUCCUGCUGAAGGACAUUAAUAGAACAUGACUGUUCAUGUUGCUGGUGGGAGCUGACACACUGUGACAACUGCUGUUCAGUCACUUUAACACAGGAACAGAUGUUUAUUAGCUUUAAACAGAUUUCAGGGAAUUGUAUGAACACGCAAGAACAUUUGUGAGAUUUUUACACUUUUUUUUAGAGUUCAUGUGAUUAUUUGCCAACGUCAGCAUUGGUGAACACCAGCAUUAUGAGCAUUAUAUAAAAUGUUCAAAUCCUGAAGUGUUUGGUGGUAAAAAUGUCAUUAUUUUUUAACAGUUCUGUUUUAUAUGAACCUUUAUAAAAAUAUUGUUUUUAAACUACAUGUAUAUAAAGAGAUUUUUUUAA